AUGUUUUGCUCUUCCUGGGAUUUACUGCCCUGCAAUGCCAAGGUCGCUAGUGCGAUGACGGCUCUCUACAACCGAGAACUCACAACCACCUCGGGAGGAAAUGUGUCCGUGAAGGAUGAGGAUGGUUCUGUCUGGAUGACACCCACUGGGGUGGACAAGUGUCACGUUCUGCCUGAGCAAGUGUCUCAGAUCCUUCCAAAUGGGGAGAAAAGAGGAUCCUACAAGCCGACGAGCGAAUGGAAGAUGCAUUACAAUGCAUACGCUGAACGAAGUGAAAUUGGAGCGAUUGUGCAUACGCAUUCUCCCGCUCUUCUAACAUUCGCUCUUUCGCACAAUAUUCCGGAAACUCGGAUUUUCCCUCUGAUUUCUCAAUUUCUGGGCGAAGUAGCGAUGGUUCCCUAUCGCGGAUGCGUUCUGCAGCGCGAGAACCAUGGUGUGAUCGUCGUAGGGAAAACGAUCGAGGAAGCGUUCAAUCGCUUAGAACUCUUAGUGAAAAUAACAAAACUCUGCAUUAAAGCCCCCAACCCAAAAACGCCACAAGCAUCUUCUCCCACCUUUCUUGAUACUUUAACACUAAUCGAUUCUUCUGACGAAUUUUACAGCAAGGAAAACGAAAAGAUUUACGAACGAAUUAACUCCUUUUCCAAACGAGCUUACGAUCAUCAUCUUGUUGCCUGCGAACAUUUGUUUUCAAUUCGCGAUGAACACGACUGUCACAUUGUUCAUCAUAAUCGAAUCGGAUGUUGUCCGCAGAUGUGGGAAAAUGGCGCAGUGUCCUCCAAAGCAACGAAUGGACGAGUUGCAUUACAUCAAGCCAUGUCUCGAGUCUUGGGAUCCCUGUGA